AUGGCUCAAGCUUUAUUUGAUGAAGAUGCGGGAGAAUCACCUUUUACAAUUCCUGGAUCUUCAUCCGAGUUAGAGCGUGAAUUGGAUCCCAACUAUUCAGAUUUCGACGACGAUACAUCGGACGAUACAUCGUCCGAUACUAUACCAGAUUGGCUGCCUCAGUAUAUAACUGAGUUUCUUGAGCUGCUUCAAGCCACCUUGAACUCAGCCCAGUUGCCCAAAUCGUCAAAUUCAUUCGUUGAGAAAUUCAAAUACAACGUCAUAUCGUCUACUCUACUCGCGCCAUCCCUUCCUGCAUCUCAUGGCCGGCGGUCUUCACGAAACUUCUCUAUCCCAGGGAAGUUGCACCAUAGUGCGACUCCGAGUGAGGACUUUGACCGCCCAAUAUCUCCUUCUCUCUCUCCCCCUCCUAUUAAUAGUCAAGAUUUAUCAUAUGGCCCUAUCACUGUUGCAGUAGGCUUGUUUUCAAUUGCAAUGAGUAUUGGAUACUCCUUUCUCGCCUUGAUAUUUGCCAUGGUAGCAUUGUUUUUAUUGUACCACUUGACCCACACCGCCGAAACACCCAAACACGACAUGACACUUUCUUUCAAUUCCCUGGACGAACUUGUAGCAGCCAAUGAUGUGUGGGAAUCAGUAGUUCAAGAUGCAGUCGCAUUUCUAGAGAAGGAGGAGCGAACAUAUAUUCAAGGAAUAAGCGGUCCAUCUUCACCUUCUCCACUUCGCGUCGCCCUUCACUCCUGCCUGCAAACAACUCACUCCCAAUGCGACAAUAUUCGCCAACUUUUUUCUGCUUUGACAUCUCCCACGAACCUUUCACAAAUUUCCGAAAUGUAUGCCCCACCUUCUCCCACUAAGUCGGCUUUUAAUCUCGACAACGCGCGCUCCUUUGUUUUCCCAUCCCCCAAUCGGCAGUCUAUCUCAUCGCGAGAGCCAACCACCCCGUACAAUAAAAGAUCAACAUGGAAUGGUUCAUACGCCAGUCUAGGUUACACCGCCAGCCCUACAAGCCUUGUUACCCGAAGGCGGGAUAGGCACAAGUUAAACCUCUCCGAUGUAUUCCAGGCUGGCUCAAGUAGUGCUCCUUCCACUCCUCUUCCCCCAACACCUCCCAAUAAUCUGACCCAAGUUCCGGAGCAUUCUCCCCUGGAAGGUCUCCCUUCGUCAAGUACAUCCUAUUUCUCGCCUUCUCCUUCCUCCAACUUUGGUUCUGCUGCAUUAGAUCUUCAGCGGAGACGAAGAAGUGGAGGAAUUGAAGCAUUUGGAGAACCUCCUGCGGCCUAUUUUCUGCCAGAUGUCAAAAGUCCCCGCAGUACCCGAAGCAACAUGUUCCCAUCAACCAUAUCUUCAUCAUCAAAGUUCACUAAUCCUCAGAGUGCACGUCAUCCCCUUUCCUACUCUGCUUUGACGUACACCCUUCAAGGGGCUCUUUCCGCGAAGCGAUAUACUUGUUCGCAUUUGCUCGCCCUGCGGUUUGAAGAUGAUGAAGACGAAGGAUAUUGGGAAGAUGUCAGAAGCGUCAUCGGCCUUCUAACCAGCUCUCUUACGGAUGGAUAUUCCAGACUCUCUGCCGCUCUUGAAGAAGUCGAACAAAGAAACCUUGCGGAGCAGAAUCCAACGCCAGACACGAGCACGACGACGUUCAACCUCUCGGAACCCUCGGACAUCAAAUUUUCGCAGGCGGUUGACUUGAACGGCGAAAUAAAACGACGAAAGCAUCAGAGCAGAAUAUCAUUCGCGCCGAUGCCUAGCCACAUAUCGCGUUUUGCGACCCAUGUCGCGGCGAUCAGUGCCGCGCUCGACGAUGCACGUGAAAAUUUGGAGCAAUGCGUAGAUGCACUGAAAGCGGGGCCUGUGCCAGGACCAUCAAAAAGUCCACGACACUCGCGGUCACCAUCGGCGAUGGCAUCGUUACCGACAGACGAGGACCAAGACGCAGAGUCAAAAGAUCCACCUGCUCUACAGGCAUACGAGCGACUACGGCGCGAGCUUGGGAUGGCUUUACGGGAGUGCGAACGGGGGCGGGAACGUCUUCUGGAACUUGUUAAUCCUGUCACCCAAAGCGACGACGAAGAUGAGGAAGAGUUUGAUGAUCUUCCUGGACUAGGACAUGAUGGGAGCGACGACUCGGAUAAACCUGAUGCAAACUCUCCAUCUUCAGGGGAUGAGGAUGACUUGCAGACAAAUGCAGCACGGUUUCAACACCCAACGGUUGUAGCAGCUGGCGAGGAUCCUACAGAAGCGGAUGAUGCUACAUCGCAUCUACUGCUAGCAACAUCAACUAAGCAUCUACCUAUGCCAGGCAUCGAAGAGGUUUUUGAGGCUGAUACGGGUGGCAAAGUUGGGUUCACUAGGGAAAGGACCAAAAUGUCGAGGGAGGAACGGAUCAAGCUUGCAAAGGCGCGGAGAGAAAGUGGGAUGGGACUCGCUAUUGGCGGGGGCCAACACAUAAAUGGAGAGGAAGGAGGAGAGAAGAUGACCAAGGAGUUGUGUGGUCAUGGGAGUGAGGUCGUCCAGGAACUGAAGGAUGUGAUAUGGAAGGUUGGAGAGAGGAAGCGGAAGUUGGCGGCCAAUCCAGAAGCAACUUUGUCGCCACCUGCAGCCACGCCCAUGGAAAUCCUCGAGAGCCUGUAA